UAUCACCACAUGAAUGAACAGGUUUAAGUUUUUCUUGUCGGUCGAAAAUGAGCAACGAUAAGACCUGCACUGUAGAAGAAGCCCAGGACAUCAGCCUAACGGUCUUCAUCUGUCUAGUCUACACAACAGGAUUCCUUCUUAAUGUCUUCAGCCUCUGGGUCUUCAUCUUCCGGAUGACCAAAUGGAACGCUGGCACGGUUUUGCAGUUCAACUUGGCAAUAAGUGAUGCACUUGCCUUUCCUGCUGCCCCGCUGCUGGCAGCCUACUUUGUCAAUGAGAGCAAAUGGGAGUUUGGCUCCUUUUUGUGUAACUUGAAAAUAGCCUUAAUCAGUAUUCACAUCUAUGGCAGCAUUCUGUUCCUAACCCUCAUCAGCAUUCAUCGCUAUGUGGUUGUAGUUCACUUCAAACGAUCAUUGCGGAUGAAACGGAAAGCCUUUGUGAAGAAGCUGUGUUUUGGAGUGUGGUGUUUUUUGCUUGUUUGUGCCAUAAUAUUUGGCAUUCUGCUGUCUGAUACCAAGGUAGAUGAGUGCAAACAAUGUUUUUCAAUACAUCAAACCAGACUUGUCAGUAAGUACUUCAUUAUCAACUUUGUACUCGUUGUUUUUGGCUUUCUUGUGCCUUUCACUGUGGCUGUGGUUUGCUACAGCUGUCUGACUCGAACAGUAACCCAGGUAAACAGCAAAUCACUGCACAGUCAGUCAGUCAAGACAAAGUCACUAAGGACGAUAGGAAUAUGUCUGGUCAUCUUUGGAUUCAGCUUCUUCCCUCUCAAUGUCACCCGGACUGUCGCAGUUGUUCUGAAAAAGUACUGCUCUGAAUGCAGUCAACUUUUUACACAAGUGGAAACGGCGUACUAUUCAUCUUAUGUCCUGGCAGGAGUCAACUGUUGCUUGGAUCCCAUUAUCUAUUUCUUUGGCUCACACAGUUUUAAUAAAUCAUUCAGACGAUCUGUGACAAUAAAAAGAAGUCAACAGGAAAGAGAUGACAAGACUGAAACAGACACAAGUAACAGUGCAAAUAGAAAUGCUAUCUGUCCAGUAUCUUCAGAAAUGGUGUGAUAGCAUUUCAGAUGUACAAAACAUCUCGUUCUUAUUUCCUUUGGUGUUUUAAUUUAUGUUUGGUUGUGAUCUCUUUCUGUAAUUUUGUUCCAUCAUAUUUUCCGUGAAACGUUUUCUGUGGGGUGUAAUGCUAAAAUAUACUUCUGCAUCUUUGGUACACUGUGAAAUAUUUUCUUCACUGGUUUCCUUUGU